AUGUCAACAGAUGGGGUACAAUCCAAGGACACCACGUCACCGAAGUGGCAAGCUCAACCGGUGCGGCACGCAUGCACCCACCAGGGCUUUCAGGGAAUUCUCACGGCGGAUGCCUCUGGUUGUAGUUUCACCAGCGAUCUGUUGAAGGUAGAAUUUGUUUGGGAAAACGUGAAGUGGAUUCGUGUGACCACAAAGUACAUUAAGGAUGAACCAACCUCGGUACUAGUACUCAAGCUGAAACGAGGGAAGCGCCUUACUUCCCGGCUUAAUAAUGGUGGUAAACAUUAUUUUUACCAUCUUAUGGACAUUGUAGAAGUAUCCAAGGAGCUCCAGGAGCUCAAAGACUCUGCAUCCAACUCAGACAUAGUGACUGGAACGGGGUCCCCUGAAUCGAAAACUGAUGUGACUACAACUACCAACGCUAUGGGCCUUGGUGACACUGCAAGGGCCCUGCUACUUGGUACCAAUAGCGAUAGUAGUUUGGCAAACUGCAAUCAGGCCAACCAAGCUUCACCCGUUGGUGGAAACACAAUUGCCAAAUUUGGCAGCCCUUUACAGCCUGGAGGUAAAACUGUUGGAAGUCCACAGGCAGCCUCUUGUAACGUCUUGCGUCAAGAAGACGAUUUAGUGAGCUCCUCCUCCACAGGACGUUUAAGGAGACCUUCUAACAUUCGUGACGACGGUGAAGAAGGGAACGAUGGGCGAAACAGCGGUGCAGUGGGCGUGAACGUGCCUCUUACCACUAAUGCCCAACGCCACGGGGAUUCAAAAAAUAAUAGCACCUCUCAGCUGCAGCGAGGUAGUGCAGUGGCCAUCAUCAACCGAAAACGCCGUGGAAGACAACGUGAAUCGGAUAGUACCUUGUGGUCUCGCUGUCAUGUCUGUGCUUGUAGCAUAUUUCCUGAGGGUCUGCUGCGCGUUGUCGUGGUAUUGGGAGUAGUGUUAUUGGUGAUCCUCACCUUGGCUCUGUCCCUCUGUGUACUGAUGGGAGUGUGGGAUGGAGAACGCUGGUAUGAAUCGUCUCCUGGAGAGACUGUAGUUCGCGUUACUCGCGCAUUGGAGCAGCUAAGACAGUGGCGUACAGAACCGCAUACGUCAGGUGCCAUAAGGAACGCAAACCGUGGAGCGUCUGCGACAGUGAAGGUGAAAGCGACGCGAUCAGCGCCGCCCGUCCGUGUGACGCUGAAGGAUAUGACAGUCGCUGUUGAGGAGCUUCUUGCGCGCUAUGUGGCGGUGCAACACGAAAUGAUUGUAACACGCGUAGAACAUGUGAGACGCGAACACAUGUAUCCCGAGUCAACUCUUAGCGCGCGGCGUCGUUUGCUUGAUGGUGUCCCUCUUGAUUUUCUGCAGUAUGAGGACGAAAAUUGGGAGAACAUAUAUAAAAAUGAUAAUUGUGAGGAGGAUGUUAGGAAUGCUGAUGUUGCGUCACAAGAAGAGCGGCAUUGGAAACCACUACUUAGAUUUUCCGCAGCACACGUCAAGGCCGAUCUGAGUCGACUGCUGCGUUAUGCUCGUGAGGCGAUCGCAGUAGUGAAAUGGGCGCUUUCAAGGCGGAGUGGUGCCGUUAAUGAGCAGAGCCAAUCCACACCCUUCUUUGUGCGAUGGCUUGCGUUCAAGCAGGACUGGCGUGACAGAAGCUGCAGUUCCAAAAAUGCCCGGGAGACGCAACAAAUUACACGGUACACAGAGGUGCUUGCGAGUGGACAAAUUGUUGCGCAGGAGGUCAAACUUGCGGAUCACGAUGAGCGUCGUACGUGUCUUCGACUCACGCGGGAGCUUAUUCGUCUUUCGAGCCUGAUUGAGGAGCUUUUGCUGGAGUAUCAGGAUGUGGUGAUGGCGCCGUUAUAUGAGGCGCAUCUUCAUCAAACAUCUUCUACCAUCUCCGGGGUGGAUAGGAUGCACAAGGUACUGGGAGCCGCGGUCGCAGGAACGUCAUUGGGAAACGACCCCAAUGAAAAUGGCUUCUUCUCGGGAGACAGCAGUCAUCUACUGCGUUCUAUCCUGCUUAGACGACACACCCUUGCGCUCCUUUACUUUGACCCUUUGCAGACCACCCAUGACGACCGAGAACACACAGUAAACCGACAGUCGCAUAAUUUCAGAUCUUUCUCGACAUCGACGAACAAAAGUACUAAAAAAGGGAGACAAACCAAUUCGACAGAGGCACCUACCAAAGAAGAUGUGAGGGCUAUACUGCGAGACUUUGUCGCAAGUACUACUGACUCCUCCAACAUGUAUGACCCCAUACUCGCGGAUAAUUAUGGUGCAUUGCCGCGAAAUAUCCUGAGAGAGAUGAAAUAUUGGUAUGAACACGAAGAGGAGUGGCAAACUGUUGUCUUGUGGCGACUAAAUUCAAUAAACAAGACUCUGAAUGCCACGCAAAUGUCUAAUGGUGCAAGGAAAGAAGAAAAUGAAGAAGAAGAAACGGAGGAAGAUGAUGAUGAUUUUCACAAUGUCAUUGACUCACUACCGCUGUUUCGUGGUCUUUGGUGCUUUAUGAGGCAACCUAUAAGACUUUUUCAGGAGAGAGGCAAAAGAAGAGACGACGUUCUCUCCUCAACCUCAACUCCAAUUCCUUCUGAACACGCUCAAAAGGCCGUUGCGGUUCCCAAAGGCAUUGAUAACGAAGGUGGUUUGGAAAACGGGGAUAGAGUUAUUCAGAAUUCUGUUACGGGUGGGGAUGAAGACAGUGAGCUGGUUGAGGAGAUGUACGAAAGGAGGGAGACGGACACACUUUUUAACGACACGAGCGUUGAUCCGCGACCAGCUGUGUUGGUGACGAUGGAUCCUGCAGAAAGGCCCUCAAGUAAAGAAGAGCACAGAAUGAAUGAUGAAAUGGGAAGUACGGAGGAAGAAUGUGGGGCAACGGAAGCUCGGAUACGUACCUUUGAGCUCAUCUCAGAAGAGGCCCAAAUUCGUUGGAUAAAUGCCUUUGACCUUUUUCUUCGUUCUCACGAGGACCUGCGUGAACAAUGGGCUCAGAGUAACAGGGGAUGGGAUGGGGAGAAGUCCCAUGAGUGGGAUGUUGAGGAAGGUCAUGAGGAGAGCAAUGUGGUGCGUGUUCGUCGGCGGUUUGUCAAAUUACUUGGAUGGGUUGAACACCACUACGAGAAAUAUCUCACAAGAGACGCGGUGACCUUGUUAGGGUCCUCUGGUGCGCUGUUGGAAUUUGCGAAGCAGUGCUCGACUCUGCGGGGGUGGUCUUGGUGGACCCUGUUGUGGCCACCAUCGUGGUUUUUGGGGGUUAUAAUGCCGCAGUCGACGAGAAGCUGUUGGAUGCUGCGACCAAGACAUGUGGAUCCUGCGGUUCGCCGCCUUUACCGCAACAUGUUGCAUGUACCCUUGGGUGACAUAGAGGAUUUGCCAUUGAUGCUACUCCAGACACUCUCAAUGCCAUCAGAACUGCUGAAGUCUCAGCAUAACAUGCAUACUUCUAUUCAUGUCCUAUGUUGGCUGCUUCUACUAGUGGUUCUGGCGACAGUUGUGAUUGUCGGUUUCCAUUGUUAA